AUCCGGGAACUGGUCCCAGAAUCCCAAGCCUACAUGGACCUCCUCGCCUUUGAGCGCAAGCUGGACCAAACCAUCGCUCGGAAGAGGAUGGAGAUUCAGGAGGCCAUUAAGAAACCGCUGACGCAAAAGCGGAAGCUGAGGAUUUACAUUUCCAACACUUUCACCCCAGCCAAAGAAGAAGGGGAGGGUGGUGAGCGCGUGGCCUCCUGGGAGCUACGUGUGGAGGGCAAACUGCUGGAGGACCCAAGCAAGCAGAAGAGGAAGUUCUCCUCCUUUUUCAAGAGCCUCGUCAUCGAGCUGGACAAAGAGCUGUACGGGCCAGACAACCAUCUGGUGGAGUGGCACCGGCUGCCCACAACCCAGGAGACUGAUGGCUUCCAAGUGAAGCGUCCUGGUGACGUCAAUGUGAAAUGCACUCUGCUGCUCAUGCUGGAUCACCAGCCACCACAGUACAAACUGGACCCUCGCCUGGCUCGCCUGCUUGGGGUGCACACCCAGACCCGCGCCAGCAUCAUGCAGGCACUCUGGCUCUACAUCAAGCACAACAAGCUGCAGGACAGUCACGAGAAGGAGUACAUCAACUGCAACCGCUACUUCCGCCAGAUCUUUAACUGCAUUCGCAUGCGCUUCUCUGAGAUCCCCAUGAAGCUGGCGGGGCUCCUGCAGCACCCAGAUCCCAUCAUCAUCAACCACACCAUCAGCGUGGACCCCAAUGACCAGAAGAAGACAGCCUGCUACGACAUCGAUGUGGAGGUGGAUGAUCCCCUGAAAGCUCAGAUGAGCAACUUCCUGGCUUCCACCACCAACCAGCAGGAGAUCGCCUCCCUGGAUGCCAAGAUUCACGAGACCAUCGAAUCCAUCAACCAGCUGAAGACGCAACGCGAUUUCAUGCUGAGCUUCAGCAACAACCCGCAGGAUUUCAUCCAGGAAUGGAUCAAAUCUCAGAGGAGGGACCUCAAGAUCAUAACGGAUGUGAUCGGGAACCCUGAGGAGGAGCGGCGAGCCGAGUUCUACCAGCAGCCCUGGGCACAGGAGGCUGUGGGCAGACACAUCUUCGCCAAGGUCCAGCAGCGUCGGCAGGAACUGGAACAAGUGCUCGGGAUCCGCCUCACCUAAGGGGCCGGUGGAGGCUCAGGAGCUCCUUCUCUCCCUGCUGCCUGAGCCUGACGGUACUUUUUACUGGAAUCAAAUACAGCACUUGCACAAAGCCUAUGUGCCUGGAGGGAUUCGGAGCCACUAGCACCCCUGGGCUCCCCUCGGCCGGGAAGCUCUAGCCACAGGCAGAGCACAGCGGAGGGUCCCCUGGUU